AUCAAAAGCACUUGAUUUUGCUUAAACGGCAGUUCAUAAUGCUAAUUUUAAAAGGUUAAUAAAUGAUACAAUUUCUUAUUUGAGUUCAUGUUUUAGAAUUUCAGUGAAAUAAUUCUGAGAAACAAUGUCACAAAACGUUAGCGACUGCUAAAAAAAGGCAAAGGAAUGACUUAUUACAAUGUCGUUAUAUUAAUAAUAUUGCUACUUAUGACUUCAUCUACAUUAGGGACUCUUCAUUCACCAAUCUUAGAACAUUCAAAAGAUCUUCAUGUUGAGGCAUUUGUUAAAGAUUGGAGGAUUCUACAAUUGAAUGUUACUCUCUUAAAGCCAAUUGAUUCUGCCUAUGACGUUAACGUCGCAUCAAUAAUGAAGAGCAAAAACACUUCUGACCAUUGUUUAGAAGUAAAACAUUGCAGAAUUCAUGAUGUUGAAAUGAAUCAAACAUCGGUUACUUUCCCAGAGAAUAAUCAAUAUUUAACCGACCACGAAACCUGCAAAUUUCAAAAUGAUUGCGCUUACAAUAUUACAGUGCGAGCUUUAAAUGGCAAACAAACGUUCUACACAGUCUAUCGCGUGAAAGAAUGCGUCAAUGGGUUGUGUUUGUGUCGUAAUUCUGACACACUUCCGAAGCCUAUUAUCUCCCCCAAAAUGUUGAGUCCUAAGCAAUUGUACUUUAAAUGGGAAAUACCAACCACGGAGACCAACAGCAAUUUAAUGCUUCAAUUUUUGACCAUUGAUAUUUACGAGCUUAGAGAUUGUAAUUUACCCUGGAGUGAAAUUAAAUCGAUAGCAAGCUUCCAUGAAAAAUUAAACAACUUUGGCGAUAGACCAAUUAGAAAGAAUGAUUUUACAAAAGAACUUUCGGAAAGCUCUAAUGCGACCUGUCUACGAGUCAGAAUGACUGUUGUCGAUUCACAAAACUGCCAUGGGCCACAAGUUAGUGUAACUGUAAGGAUUAACGAGAAUAAAAACAAUGAAUUUAUUACAUUUCAUUUAUUGUUGAUCAUAAUAGCCAUAAUUGUAACAUUAGCAACAGUCAUGCUCAUUAUUUAUGGGGUUUUAUGGAAGAGCCGCAAAAAAAAUAUCGUAAAUUACUGGCGAGGAUUGUAUCAUAGCGUUCAAACCGGCGCUCCACAAAUGAUACCCAUGCAAGAGAACAUUUUAUAUUUUGAAAAGGAUGCUGACUGGUAUGAAAUUCCACAUUCUUCUAUAAGGGAGAUUGGAAGGGAAAUUGGCAAAGGAGCUUUCGGUCGCGUGUUUAUUGCUCGUAUUGCUGAUGUUCCUGGAAAAUUCAAUAGUCAAAUUGUUGCAAUAAAGAAGCUGAAAAAAUGCCCAACAACAGAUCAACUUGAGGAGUUCUUAGGAGAAAUUUCGACAAUGAAACGGGUGGGCAGACAUCCUAAUGUAGUUCGGCUUUUAGGAUUUUGUACAUUAGAACAGCCGUUGAUGAUGAUAAUGGAAUUUGUUCCUUGUGGCGAUUUAGUAAUAAAAAGUCUUAAAUACUUAAGGAAAGUCCGAGCCAAACAUGAAGCUUCUCUACCUAAAAUUCCAAAAAAUAACAAUUCGAGCUUAAAUAAUUCAGUUAAACGUUCCGGCAGCAAUCAAUCUCAAAUACUUGGACCUUUGGGAAAAUAUUUGGAUAUAUUGCAUUCACAUUCAACAAGCUCAGCGUCCGAAACUUCAUCUUACAUCACACAACCGGACAGUCUACCUUCAACACAAAAUAAUCUAAAUGGACCUUCAACAUCACGACCGUCAUUCGCUGAAACAAUGUACACAAACUUAACAGUCCCAUCAAAUCCCGAGCUUAAUUCCAUGUUAAACACUUGUCUUGAAUAUGUUGUAGAUCAUAAAGAACUUCAUAAUUUCGCAAUUCAAAUUGCGCGUGGAAUGAGACACUUGCAAGAUUUGCAAAUUACGCACAGGGAUCUUGCUGCUCGUAACAUUCUUAUUGACGAAAACAAGACGCUGAAAAUUUCUGAUUUUGGUCUUUCACGAAGUGGAAUUUAUGUCAACACUAAAAAUAAAAAGGUUCCGUUGCGAUGGCUCUCUAUUGAAGCAAUGAAAGAUAACUUAUAUUCAAGUAAAAGCGACGUUUGGGCUUUUGCGAUUUUAUUAUGGGAAAUUGGAACGUUAGGGGGUUUCCCAUACCCAACUGUAUCCAACCACGAAUUAUUAGGUUACUUGAAAUCAGGAGAAAGACUUGCGAAGCCAGAAAAUUGUUCAGAUACAUUGUAUGAGCUGAUGCUUCAUUGUUGGCAGCAUGAUCCGGAUGAUAGACCUGAUUUCGGUGACAUAUGUCGGAAGUUGGAUCCUAACAAAAAUAAAAUAUACAUAGAUUUCAGUGAACUUGAUCCUAACUAUGUAUUUCCACCUACAUCAGAAAGCUUCAUUUCUAAUACCGUAAAUGUCUCAUCUCUAAAACAACAAUGAAAUCUGAAUGUGUUGUCAAUGGUUAGACAUUAUUGAAUUUAAAUGUUUUUAUUUUGAUGUUAAUAAAUUCUUUGCUAAGUAUAGGAAAAUUUAAUGUAAACUUGGUUUAAGUUAAAUUAAGAAAGUGAAAACAUAAAUUAAUGACAUUAUGUUCAACUGUUUGUAACUUUUGACUUUCAUUCUGAAUCUUAAAAGAAUUUUAGUGAAUGUUUUGGAUGUGUAAGCAAUGAUGUUUGAUAAGGCAAAUGAAUUUAUUUCAACUGCUUUGAUUGAUUACUUAAAUGUUCUUGAUAAAAAUGAUGAAGAUAGAUAGGAUUUUGAACUUUAGCUUAAAAGUUCAUAAGGAAGUUAAGAAGGAAUUAUUUUGGGGAUCUAAAGAAUGAGAAAACAAAAAAUUCAUUGCUUGUUCAACACCUGGUUACGACAGCUUAACUUCUCUCUGAUAGAACGGUAAAGGAAAUCUAGCCACAUGUGGCUUACUGUUUCUUCUUAAAAUUAUCAAAAAGGAAUUCAUUUUAUUGUUUUUUAUGCUUUUUUAACAUACCUUCAAGUUAUUUUAGACUAAAAUAUUCGAAAAGGUCAGAAAUGUUAGGUAUAUGCUACAGACAGGUAAACAGAAUACUUUACUGUCCUUUAAGUAAACUGUAAUUUAAGCUGAAAGAAUAAAGAAUUCGUCAUAGCGAAGUUAUUAAAUAACUCCAACAUAACAAACGAAUUCUUUCCUUCCUUAUUAAAAAUUAUUCACAAAUGGUGAAACUUGAAAGUGAUAUCGAUGUAAUUAAAUUGCAUACUAAGUAUGUAAACUUAUCAUCAUAAAAUUUCAUGUGCUUAAUUAAAUCAGGUAGUAAUUUAUAAAAUCUGUUAGAUGUACUCAAUUUAAGAAAAAAAUGUCAAACAUAUGUCGUUCAAUAUGGCGUUGAAAACGCUUGAAAUUUAAGAAUAUUUUCCAAUUUACUUUUGUAUUGCUCUAAAUGGAGAAUAAAAUGUGAAUAUUUUGUUAUCACUAAUCAGUUGUUUAUUGAUAUAUUUCAGAUUAAAGUUGAAAAGUAUUCUCUGAAAGUAUUUAUUUUAAAUUUCGGUUUGAAGUUUUUAGAUCAAUGAAGUUUGUUUUAAUUUCAUUUUGAGAAUCAUUUAUUUAUGAAAAAAAGCCCCGACCCGUUCUGUUAAACACAAUCUUUGGACUUUGGUUUAGAUGAUUUAAUUUUAAAUGUCCUUUUUCAAUGAAAUAAGCAAUUCCAUUUUUCCUUAAGGACGUUGUAAAGUAAUAAAAAAGUUUGAAAAGAAAUUGUUUGAAUGUCUUCAAUGUUAAGAAAAGGAAAGAAAAAUAUAAGUUGAAUGUAACAAAUCAUUCGGAAAUUCUGCCCCUUUUCCAACAAUAAUUAUGUUGUUGAAACUCGAAAGGUUUUUUUAUUGUAAUUAAUGACCGUUUGUGUGUGAUUCCGUUUUGUAACCAUUGGGAUUCAUUGUCUGCCAUCGCCAGAAAUCGGAACACAUUUCCUCAAGAGUAUAAACAGCUUUCCAACCAAGUUCAGAUUCAGCGAGCUUUGGGUCUGCAAACAUUGUAGAAAUGUCACCUUGACGUCGAGGUUGAAUGACGAAGGGAACUUUGACAUUAUUAACUGCUUCAAAUGUUUUUAUCAGAGACAUCACACUCACACCAGCCCCAGUUCCCAAAUUAUAGAAUUUAAUUCCCAAUUUGCCUUUUUCAAGUUUCUUCAUAGCGGCGACAUGACCCGUAGCUAAGUCCAUCACAUGAAUGUAAUCACGAAUGCCGGUCCCAUCUGGUGUGCUAUAAUCAUCACCGAAUAUUGUUAAAACGUCUUUCUUUCCGAUUGCGACCUGACUUAUAAAUGGCAUCAAAUUUGUGAAAGGUUUAGUUGGGUCUUCGCCAAUCCGACCCGAACGGUGGGCACCAACAGGGUUAAAAUAUCUUAACGCAAUGAUAUUCCAUCUUUCAUCAGCUGUUGACAAAUCUCUCAACAUUUCUUCCACAAAAUAUUUUGUUCUGCCAUAGACAUUGGUGACAUUCUUUCCUGUUUCAUUUUCCUCUGUUAUCGGCAGCUUUUCAGGUUCACCAUAUACCGUACACGAACUGCUGAACACCAAAUUGAAUAUUUCAUGUGCUUUCAUCAGCUCCAACAAAUUAAUCAUUCCAAUCAAAUUGUUUUUAUAAUAUAAAAGUGGAAACUGCAUGGAUUCCCCAACAGCUUUCAUAGCAGCAAAAUGAAUUACUGAUGUGAUUUUAUGAUUGAUGAAAAUUUCACUUAAUCGUUCGACAUCCAAUAAAUCGCAUUUGUAAAAUGAAAUUUUUUUUCCUGUGAUUUCUUCAACACGUUCUAAUGCUAUUGAUUCAUUUUUCAUGCCAUGGACGGAAUUUGUAAAAUUAUCCAAAGCUACAACUUCAUAACCAGCUUCCAACAACGUUACAAUACAAUGAGAACCAAUGUAUCCACUAGCACCUGUAACGAGUACACUUUGAGCUGCCAUCAUCGAAUGAGGGGUUCCUGAAUCGGACGUAGUUAACAAUAGAAUCUUGACGUCGGAAGACAAACACAAAC